UCGGCUCGGAGGGUCGAGGAUGCGCCGUCACGGAUCGGGAAACCGGCAAGACGCCGUCGCAGCUAUCGGUUUGAGGAAGCGCAUUCGCAAGAAGAUACAUAAGCUUACUGAAUCAGUUAUUGCGACUCGUUCCAACAUUGUUACCACUAUGGAGAAGCAGAUGGUACGCAGGUUUUUGGAAUCCAUAUUCCAGGUCUAUGCUUGUGCUGAUGGCACUUGUUCUGUUAUUGUGCAUACACUAACAUCUACUGAUGUCAACAAAAAGCAGAUGAGGCUACCAAUGCGUGCGGUUCCAGAUGACUUGGAGAUAACUGGAGAUAUCACUGUUCGAUUCUAUCCAGCUGUGAGUGUUACUGGAUCAUACAAGGUGCUCCUUAAUGAUGAUGGGCGUGUAAAGAUUGAUUGUUGGAAGGACUUCAUCAAGGAGGCCGGCUGGGAAGUCAAUAGGAAGAUAGUGAUGCUGUUUUGCCGCGGCAACGGUUUCACCUGGCUGUUUGCUAACCCUCUCCAUGGUUAGGAUGUGGAAAUCUAGCUUCUAUGUGUUAGACUCAACUGGUGUCUUAUGUUAUUAUUAAGUGUUAUGUUAAAGUUCUGCACUUGGACCUGGUUUAAGUUACUGCAAGCAAGUGCUAGCAGUGGUGUCUUAGUUUGUCAAGUUUGAUGCACUUGGACCUUCUUUAAGUAAGUGCAAGCAAGUUUUAGAAGUGGUGUCCGAUUUUGUUAAGUUGGAUGUUGGAGCUGUGCACUUGGAACUUGGUUUAAGUAAGUGCAACCAAGUGGUUGGUGGUACCAAUUAAAUCACUUUUGAUGCUGUA